AUCGAAGAGACAAGCAGAGCUCGCCCCGAUCCCCAUGGACGAGGAGGAGCACGAGGUGUACGGGCAGGAGAUCCCGGUGGACGCGGACAUGGAGGGCGGCGACGUCGACAUGACCGCCGGCGGAGACGACGCAGCGAAGGAGCUCGACGAGAUGAAGCGUAGGCUCAAGGAGAUGGAGGAGGAGGCCGCCGCGCUGCGCGAGAUGCAGGCCAAGGUCGCCAAGGAGAUGCAAGGAGGAGAUGCCAAUGCAGCUGCAGCUGAGGCAAAGGAGCAAGUGGACGCUCGCUCUGUAUAUGUUGGAAAUGUUGAUUAUGCUUGUACGCCUGAGGAAGUGCAGCAGCAUUUUCAAGCUUGUGGAACUGUCAACAGAGUGACGAUCUUGACUGACAAGUUUGGACAACCAAAAGGCUUUGCUUAUGUGGAAUUUCUUGAACAAGAAGCAGUUCAGGAGGCUCUUAAUUUGAAUGAAUCUGAACUGCAUGGUCGUCAGAUCAAGGUCUCACCAAAGAGGACCAAUGUCCCUGGGAUGAAGCAGCGUCCGCCACGCGGAGCAUUUAAUCCUUACCAUGGUUACCCUUAUAGAUCAUAUGGGUCACCCUAUUUCCCACCGUAUGGUGGUUAUGGGAGAGUUCCCAGAUUCCGUCGGCCAACCCGCUACAGGCCUUACUACUGAAGUAGGACGUGUCAUGAAGUGCUAUGCCAGCCAUAGUCGAUGUGCGGAAUAAUUAGUCUACAUGCUGCUCCGAUAUUUGACUAGUAGACAUAAUCUGCUGGGAGAAUGCUAUCCUGUUCCUCUAAGCUCUAUUUGUACCGUUGGCUUGCAUUAUCCAAAACCCAAAACAUCAGAAUGAUGUAUAUGUGACGACAACUUAAGUACUAGUAGCCCCAC